UGUUCUUCACUCACUCACUCACUCACUCACUCACUCACUCACUCACACUGGAUUAGAGAUCAUCUCACCGAGUUUUGUCGGCAGGGAGGAGUCGCGUGGCGUCUACUAACCCACACACGGACAUUUCGACUUCAUAAACACCUUCCCCGGUCAUUUACGGCUAAUAAGGACAAAAGGACGGAGGAGUUCCUCCGUGGGAAUGACGGAGCCGCCGACAAACGCUUGGCAUUAAUCUCGGCCAAAAGCAGGGGAGAUACAUCUCGUAACUGGCUGGCAUUGAGAGCAACCUGAGGACUGAGUCUUGGAUCUCGGAAGGUUUCAGCUCUAAAUUAACGCAUAUCUCAGGGUCGGUGUGCAUGCGUGUAGUUUUAAUGUAUCCAAACAAUAGGCAGUUUGGAGAGGGGAAGUAAGAGUAAUACACGCUUCCCUUGUGUUUACCAGUCAGCCGGUAGACAAAGCUCAAUUCCUGUUUUAUACAGCUGGACGCUCCUGAACAGUGUAGAUGUGACACAUAAUUAGCUCUUUGCCGCUGCAUGUUGGUCAAACCCCUCGUGUUACUUCACAACCAGCUUUUGGUAUCUCUCCAGGCGCUUUAAACAACUACAUAUCACUAUGGGUGAAGGACAAUAGAUGUAUAUUUUCCAGGGAAGAGCAUAUUUAUGUGUCUCUUUGUAAUCUAAUGACAUUGUUUAAACCCUGACAGAAGUUUUAAACUUCCUGCUUUAGUUUCUCUCGGCUCGGAGUGUUAUUGUCAUAAAGAUUAUGGCAGCCGUUGUGAAUUACUCUCCACCGUGGUGGGUUAACCUGCUGCACAGACUGCCUCACUUUAAUCUGCAAUUUGAACAAACCAGCAGUGAUUUUCGCCCCGAGGACUCCUCAUACCAGCAGUCCAUCCUGCUGUUGGGCAGUGUUGCUCUGGCCUGCUUGGCUUUGGACCUCCUGUUCCUCCUCAUCUACUCCUGCUGGCUGUGUUGCCGCCGUAAGAAGAGCUCCGAGCAGCCGAAUGCAGACUGCUGCUGUACCGCCUGGUGCGUCAUCAUCGCCACCCUCGUCUGCAGCGCUGGCAUUGCUGUUGGUUUCUACGGGAACGGUGAGACCUGUGAUGGCGUGAAUCGACUGACUUACUCACUCCGUCAUGCCAACCGCACCGUGUCAGGAGUGCAGAGACUGGUGUCAGAAAGUACAUCAGCUCAGAGCCAGACUGUGGAUGAGAAUCUUCAGCUACUAAAGGACCAGUAUGCAAAGCAUACAGACUACCUGUCCAUCAUACAGAAACUGCAGGAUCAGCGGAGUGAGCUGGUUCGUCAGAUGGCUGACAUUCCUUUUUGGAACAAUCUCAGCAUCUCCUUGGAGGAUCUGGCAACCCAGAUUGAACUAUAUGACUGGUACAGGUGGCUGGGAUACCUGGGUCUGCUGCUGUUUGAUGUGCUUAUUUGCCUGCUGGUGCUCUUCGGUCUCAUCCGCAACUCCAAAGGAACUCUGAUUGGGGUGUGUUUUCUGGGUGUGUUGGCGCUGGUAAUCAGCUGGAGCUCACUGGGUCUGGAACUGACUGUCUCCUCGGGCUUCAGUGACUUCUGUGCGGCACCUGACAUGUACAUUAAUGAGGUGUCAGAGCAGCACACACUUAUCAAGAAAGAUAUCCUGCAGUAUUACCUCACAUGUAACGUGGGUCAGGUCAACCCCUUCCAACAGAAGCUGUCAGGAAGUCACAAAGCACUAGUGGAAAUGCAGGACGAUGUGUCAGAACUUCUGCGCUCUGCAGUCCGAGAAUACCCCAAAACAAAGGAAAACCUUGAGCAGAUUCAGGGUGGGUUGAACACCACUGAGGCUGGACUGCACCAGCUCACUGCCCUUGUGGACUGCCGCAGUUUGCACAUGGAUUAUGUCCAGGCAUUGACCGGCGUGUGUUAUGAUGGGCUGGAGGGUCUGAUAUACCUGGUGCUGUUCUCAUUCAUCACAGCUCUCAUGUUCACCUCUGUCGUCUGCAGCGUGCCGCACACAUGGCAUGGCAAAAGGCCUGAUGAGGACAGUGAGGAGGAGUCCAUGGCCCCUGGAGGCAGACAGAAUCACGAUAACCUGUACCGUGUGCACAUGCCCAGCCUCUACAGCUGCGGCAGCAGCUACGGCAGCGAGACCAGCAUCCCUGCAGGAGCGCACACCGUCAGCAACGCUCCCGUUACCGAGUACAUGACCCAGAAUGCAAACUUCCAGAACCCCCGCUGUGAGAACACUCCUCUGAUUGGGAGAGAAUCUCCUCCUCCAUCUUACACAUCCAGCAUGAGGGCCAAGUACCUGGCAAACUCCCGACCCGACCCCAACAGCAGCAGCUCCGCAGCAAACUAGAGGAACACUGUCUCCUUUCCCUUCAGUCUAAAGCUACCCCUCAUCCACGUCUUGUUCCCACAGCCCAGACAAGUUUCACCCCAGGCCUACCCAUUUAGCCAUUUUGAUCUUUGAUGCGCACUCUCCAGCCCAGCUGAUAAAGGACGUCCUUGCAUCAUGUAAAUACAGCUGUCAGAGGAAUGUUCCAGAGGCCUCUUGUGCUGUUUCCAGUUGGCCGGUUCAGUUCAGGCAGCUAGAUUCAGCGUGGCGGCAGCAGAGGGUUGCUCUCAGCCCUGAGUGUUUGUGUGUGUGCGUGAACAUCUGUAAUGAGUUUGAACUGCAUUACGUACAGAUACUUUGAGUGACGUGUGUGUGUGUGUGUGUGUGUGUGUGUAUGUGUGUGUUGAUCCAUGCUGCCCUUGCUCUAUUGUGGUGCUCUUGCCAGAGGUUCAGAAAGGUCCAGAACUGAAGAACUGGACAGGGUUUAUGGCCCAUAACCCUACAUUCCGGAAUGGCCUCUGUCCUCUGGUCAUUUGAAGUAAUGUGACCUUCUCCAUUUGCAGGACCUACUGCCACGUCCAACUCUGCAGUUUACAUCAGUGUCAUCUACUGUAAUAUAACUUAACCAAUCUAAUCUUAAUAGUGUGAGAAACUCUUGAGCAUUGAGAAUUUCCCUAGAAUUCAGUAAUUGGGUUCCUCUUGUUUUUAGGCUUGGAUAGCAGCUUUUAAGUUGACAAAUUGGGAUGAUAGCUAUUCUAAUGAAAUGUUGUGAGAAAUAAGGCCAGAAACAUGCUCUACGCUAGUACAGAAAUGCAAACGUGAACACCUAGUUAGUUUGUUGCAAAUCUUUUGAUGUGUUUAUAGAUUAUAUAUAUCUCCAUACUCAAGGGGGCGAUAGAGAACCAGAUGUUUUUAGUAAGGUAACUAGCUGAGCGAGGAUGCUUUUGAAAUUGCUUCCUAUACACUCAUUCACUAUUGACUGCUAAUGCACUGCGCUAAUUUAGUCAACUUAAAGGAGUGAAUGAAAACAAGUGACUGAAUUUGGACACUUAGUGCGCCGGAAGUACCGAGGAAGCCAUCUUCUGUCCAGACACAGAAAUUAAUUUUGCACAACGCUCUUGUGCUCUGGUAUAGGGUGGUGGAACUAUGGCCCUGUCCCAAAUGGCACACUUCAUGUCCACUUUCGGUCUUGUGGACUUACAAUGGCCGCUGCAUGCGCGUGUCAGUUAAGUCCACAAGACCGUUGGGUGUCCCAUUCGUCAUUUAAGCUUAAAGAAGUGUGCUCGUGAGCGCCCCCUUUGCAGCUGCAGCUGCGCACUUCUGCUGAGCCCGCAAGACUGUGAGCUACGCAGAGGACUUUACCCGGCAGUCAAAGCGGCAAGUCCGGACUCAGAGGAAGGUUGGGGUUUAGGGUGCCAUUUGGGACAGGGCCUAUGACGUCACUUUGUAGGCCAAUCGGCAGUUAGCAUCACGCUGGUUCCCCUGACAAUAUCCCAAUAGGAUUUUCUCAUAGGCUUUUGUAUUAUCACAAAAAGUAAGUUGUCUAUCAAGAUAAUUUUCACAGAUGAACACAACUUUUUGAACUAUAUUUAAAUUUAAAUACACCACGGUCACACGGGUUGAAUGAGUACAGUCGAUAAUGUCCAGAUAUUGCACUAUGUAAGGCUAUAGGGCAGGGUUGCCAGGUUCUUACAACAAAACCUGCCCAAUUGCUACUCAAAACUAGCCCAGUGGCGUUCCAGGGGGUAAAAUCCACGUUUUUGGCGGGUUCCCCUGGUAAAAUUAGCUAUUCGGGGGCUAAAUAUCAUGUUAUUCAGGUUCGUUUCAACCCGCAGCCAUGAAAAACAACCCGCGGCAAUAGUGUAAAAGUAGCCCAAAUUCCGCAGUAAAACCGCGGACUUGGCAACACUGCUAUAAGGGGUGAUUUUGGACACAGCCCAAGUUUCUCUUCAAAAAGCUGCUUUGUCAUGACAGUAAUGGACCUUAAAGUAAAACAUUUGAAAUUAGAUAAAAGCUAAUGCUCGCUUUAGCAAACUUUAGUUGCAUUACGAAUUGCAGUAUGAUGUAUGAAAUCAAGCUAGCAUUAGCAUAGCUAGCUUUUGUGUUCUGUACUUGUAUAGUAUGUUUUGGGCCUAAAUCUGUAGCAUACGCUGGUUGUAAGAAGAGUGGGUUCUUUCAUCUCAUUUACAGGCUUGAGUUUUGGGUGGGAAGUUACGGUUUGUAGAUGCUGUGUAGCUAUUGAAAUCCUUGUUGGGCUUUUCUCAAUACACAUGGACUGCAUUAAACAAACUACUCAUUUAACUGGGCUAUAUCCACUGCCAUUGCUGGAAAACCUGGAAAAACAGAGCCAGACAAACCAGCCUAACAAAGAGGAAAUUGAGAGAUCAUCAUCAGAAUGUUGACCAAACCCUGACGAUCUGGAUUUUGACCAAACGCUGAUGAUCUGGACAACCUCAAACUGGAUUUGUAUUCAAGUAUUUUUAGCUCCAUUCAAUCUGAAUUAAGCAAGAGGCUACAAUUCCUUUGUCUAAUGCUGGGACCUUAUCUGAACAUUACAUUUGUCCUAAUACUGUACAAGCAUGGAGACGCUGGGACCAGCUCAGACGAUUUAUCAUCGCUUAUCAAUUCUAAACAAGAGGCUGGGAGGAGUUCAUUGUACUGUACACAAUGCAAACUGAACAUUUGAACCUUAAUUUUGCUGAUCAGUUGAGUCCUCAGGGAGGGGGACACCAAUAUGGCAGGAAGUGAAGUCAUCAGAUGUCCUGUCCUUUUUUUUCCCCCUCAAAGAAACAGAAAGGAGGCCUCAAGCCUCAAGCUGUAAUUCAGUGUGACUUUCAAAAGCCCACAAUUUCCUGGGCUUGUUGCUUCUGUACCACAAAUUGCUUUCAUUCCCAGAGUUUAGGGGAAACUUGCCAUCCCUGAAGAAGACAUAAGUGAUGUGCUGUCAAACAGAAUAUUUUCCCCUUGAUGAGAGCACAGGCACACAGGAGACGAUGCCAAUAGCUGGCAUCUGAUCAGGAUGAACUCCCGUUCUCCUCAAAAGACCCCUCUCUGAUGUUAUAGACUAAGUCUAGUAUGAACAUGUCCCCGCUCUGGAGCUUAUAUAAAGGUGCAUCAUCUGUCUCACCUUCACACACACCUCAGGACCACCUCCUUCCCUCAUACUGCCAACAUCAGAAUCCAUGUCAUGUGCUUACCACAUAUUCAGGGCUCAACAAUAAGAAGUUUUUAUUAGUCCAACAUUUUCACUUGCACAUGAAUUUUUAUCAUGCACGUGCCAGAAUUUAUUUGGAUUUUACUGUAGGUUUAUAUCAUGUAUAAUCUCUAACCUGACAUAUCUAAAUUCAUAAUGAUAAAGGUUCAUAAGUGAAGUCUCAUGCUGACCACAGUCCAGUGGAUCAUUCUUAAUGUUGAGCCCUGAUUUUCCAUCUCAGAGAGAGUUGUGUGGGCGCUGCAUGCAUGCAUGCUUUGUAAAUGCAGACGUGAGACUUAAAACAAAUCCCAAUGUGACAAAAUUGCUCCGAGACUCCCAGACUUCUGCAAGAACUUCAUGGUGAAAAGAAUUAAAGGGAUGCAUUACAGCUAUAAACAAACAGAGCCUUGAAUUGUGUUAUUCAGCUCAUUAUUUGACCAUGUGAGGUUUUUUUUUUUUUUUACCUUUUCCUCAAAGCAUGGCCAUCCUUUAAAUGUGGAGUGGAACCAUGUUGUGUGCUACUGACGCUUGCAUUGCUUUCUCGGUUGAUGCUAUUUUGAUCGAUGAUGAGGUCUGUACAAUCCUCAACUGUGCCAAUAACCACCAGCUUUGUACCUUCCGUGAAUCUCUCCAUGUUUCUCAUCCUUGAAAUGGACUUCUUCUCUCAUGAGCUCUGCGUGGCCCGAGCAACCAAAUGAGACACCUGUGAACAUGAGCCUGACGUUGUGGGAGUAUUUUUAUUUUUCUCUGUAAAUGACCACGUUUGUGAUGAUGCGAUCUCUCUUUUUACGUCGCCAUUUACUCCUUGGUAAUGUCUUACUGCAAAAAUAAUGUAUAUAUACAGUACAUUAAACAAAUGUCUGCAAGAACAUGGCCCGUUAUGGACAUGAAAUUGUUAUAUCAGUACAAACAGAUCAUUUUUAAUUAUCUUUUUAUUUGGAUUUCUUAGUCUGGCAUAUUUUGACAUAUUAGCAAGCACAAAGUAUUUUGUCUCUUUCAUGCGAAUAAAUGAUUUUGGUCUUUUUUUGAGAUGUUUUUAUAUGACUUCACUGUAGGAUGACCUUUUUCAGUUACUAAAAUAUUGUAAAUGUUUUAUUGAGCUUGAACUUUCAGAUUAAACCUAACAUUAACUGA